AAUCUGUUUGCAGAUGUGCGAUAAAUGUGAUUCUGUGAAUUCUUAUCUCUGAUUAAAAAUGGUUAUCGGUGAAGUGCGAAAGUAAAAAGUACUCUUAAACGCAUUUAUAAUGAAUCGAGAACAAAAUUAUGAGGAUCGCAUCAAAUUUAUAAUUGCUUUAAUGACAGAAGAUUAUGCAAAUGCUCAUAAUUUUGGAAAUCAACUUUUGAAGAGCAAUCAGAACGAUGCAGACAUUAUCAGGGCGCUCAAUAUUCUAAAACAGAAAAAUCAACAUAAAAUAGAAAAGUGUGAAAGAUUGAGUUCCAUUGACAGCCCAAUUGAAUCUGACAAUGAAUGCGGAGGAAGUGACGCAACUGAUGACGAGGACGUUGAUUUUGUGGACGAUAACGUGGACAGUCGCAUCGAUCCAAGAGCGACAAGUAAAAUUGCGUCGCACGGCAUGCCUCAAUUAAAUAUUAACAAACCCACGAUCAAUCUCGAUUUUAAACAGAGAAUGCACAGAGUGAUACCGAUAAAAAUAGAUAAAAAGGCUGCAUAAAUGAAAUGUUAAGAAUGCAAGUUAAAAAUUAAUCUUAUAUAUAGGGUGAUU